UCCGAGUAAAAGAAAAUACAUUUGCAAACAAGCAAUAUACAGCCGGAACCCAAACGGUCUAAAAAAGUGACGUCUAUCAUUAAUAUCGUAAUCCAUAAAACCACGUUGACUCGACCAGUUGGUCUCACACUUCGAAGUUUUAACUCCUGAGAUGGUCACGCGUUUAAAUAAGUAAAUAAAUAACCAGAAUAACCACUGCGGAUCGCCUACUGUUCUCUCGGUUAAAGCCCAGCAGUGCGCAGUCAAAAGUGUACGCGCGUGUACCCAGGUCGGAUGUAUAACCUAAUAACCUUUUCUUUUGCUUAUUUCAAUAAAUUAUCUGCUUUAACAGCUCUAAUUAAUUUUCUUAUCCUAACUUUCAAAUUAGAUAGGAAUCGUUAUGGCAUCUACUGCGCGUAUUCAUCAUAGAUUAAAAUCUAUUUUUAUUGGAUGGUAGAUGGCGGUGAAAAGCUUAAAAAUGGUUCUGUUCCACAAUACUACACUAAUAGAGCUCUCUGCUCUCUCAAGCUUGGCCGUUGGGAUGCAGUAGUGCAAGAUUGCAAAAGUGCUUUAGAGUUAGACAACACUUGGGUGAAAGGGCAUUUUUUUCUGGGCCAAGCUUUAAUGGAAAAAGAAUGCUACGAGGAAGCAAUAAAACAUCUUCAAAGGGCCCGUGAUCUUUCGAUGGACCAGAAACUUAAUUUUGGGGAUGAUAUUACCAGUCAAUUAAGACUGGCAAAGAAGCAUCAUUUUACAAAGCAGGAAGAGAAAAGAAUUUCACAAGAAAUCGAACUACAGAUGUAUAUAAAUAGGCUCAUUCGAGAGGAUCGAGAUCGACAAAUCGAUUUGGUUAGUCAAGACAAAGAAUACAGUUCAGUGGAAAACGAAAUUUCGAACAUAGAGAACGUCACCGAUCGCUACCUGGCUGAAUUGAAUGACCUUUUCGCAACCGUCGAUGACCGAAGAAUGAAACGUGAAGUUCCAGACUAUUUGUGUGGCAAAAUCUCUUUCGAGAUCAUGAGAGAUCCAGUCAUCACUCCUUCAGGAAUAACCUACGAUAGGAAAGACAUCGAAGAACAUUUGCAGCGAGUUGGACAUUUUGACCCUGUGACGCGAGUUAAAUUGACCAAAGACCAAUUGAUUCCAAAUUUCUCCAUGAAAGAAGUUGUCGACUCGUACCUGACCGAAAACGAAUGGGCUCAGCACUACUAACCACUCUUUUAAGGAUCAUUCAUUGAUUUUGAUUCUCUUAAAAACUCAGCCGCAUUGUAUUAAAUGAAAUCGAUAUAUAUUAUGAUUUGAAUCGCCGA